CUGUUUUCAGAAGGCAUUUUCCUCGCGUCUCCUUCCCACUUGGGAAUUAGCGGUGGGGGGCAGUGGGGGGAGAACCGCCUGUUCUGGUCGGAAAAGCCCGAGAGCAGACCAUCUCUUUCAGCAGCGAGGAAGGGAGAGGCCGUCGCGGGAUCCACGCACAUCCGCGACUCUCCGCCGCUUUUUACGCGCGUUCCUGACGGUGCCUGACGUCCAUCCCAGCGGGCAGGCAUGGGGUGUUUGGGCAACAGCAAGACGACGGAAGAUCAGGGCGUCGAUGAAAAAGAGCGACGCGAGGCCAACAAAAAGAUCGAGAAGCAGUUGCAGAAGGAGCGCCUGGCUUACAAAGCGACUCACCGCCUGCUGCUCCUGGGAGCUGGUGAGUCUGGGAAAAGCACGAUCGUCAAACAGAUGAGGAUCCUGCACGUCAAUGGAUUUAAUCCCGAGGAAAAGAAACAGAAAAUUCUGGACAUUCGGAAAAACGUUAAAGAUGCUAUUGUGACUAUUGUUUCGGCGAUGAGCACUAUAAUACCUCCAGUGCCACUAGCCAACCCCGAAAACCAAUUUCGAUCAGACUAUAUCAAGAGCAUUGCCCCUAUCACUGACUUCGAAUAUUCCCAGGAAUUCUUUGAUCAUGUGAAAAAACUUUGGGAUGAUGAAGGUGUGAAGGCAUGCUUUGAGAGGUCCAAUGAAUACCAGCUGAUCGACUGUGCACAAUACUUCCUGGAAAGAAUCGACAGCGUCAGUCUGGUUGACUACACACCCACAGACCAGGACCUCCUGAGAUGCAGAGUUCUGACAUCAGGGAUUUUUGAGACACGAUUCCAAGUGGACAAAGUAAACUUUCACAUGUUUGAUGUUGGUGGCCAGAGGGAUGAGAGAAGGAAAUGGAUCCAGUGCUUUAAUGACGUCACCGCUAUUAUAUACGUCGCGGCCUGCAGUAGCUACAACAUGGUGAUUCGGGAAGAUAACAACACCAACAGACUGAGGGAAUCCCUGGACCUUUUUGAAAGCAUCUGGAAUAACAGGUGGUUGCGGACUAUUUCUAUUAUCCUGUUCCUGAACAAACAAGAUAUGCUGGCAGAAAAAGUCUUGGCAGGGAAAUCAAAAAUUGAAGACUACUUCCCAGAGUAUGCAAAUUACACUGUUCCUGAAGAUGCAACUCCAGAUGCCGGCGAGGAUCCCAAAGUCACAAGAGCCAAGUUCUUUAUCCGGGAUCUGUUCUUGAGGAUCAGCACGGCCACAGGCGACGGCAAGCACUACUGCUACCCCCACUUCACCUGCGCCGUGGACACAGAGAACAUCCGCAGGGUGUUCAAUGACUGCCGCGACAUCAUCCAGAGGAUGCACCUGAAGCAGUACGAGCUCUUGUGAGGCCACCCUUCCCGGCAGGGCGCCACCUCUGGACUGCCUGUCUGCCAGCCCGCAUCAUGGUAGGAGGUAGUGUCUAGUGUCCUCUCGCCACCGUGUCCUGUUCUGUGUACUCCCCAAGUGCAGCCACCAAGCCUCUGGCUACCUCUGUCCCCUCAGGUUUGGUUUGCAGCUUCUGUUGUCAUGGAACCCAACCUUCCACCGCCCUCCACCCCCAAAGCACCCACUCUCCCUUGCUGACACUGCAGCAAAAUUUCUUCGGGUGGGGGCCCCUUUAGCCAGUCAUCCACCUGUUGAUUCCUCAAGGAGAACUUGGUAGAUGGGGAGAAAAUGCUUUUUUUUUUUUUUAAGUGAUCAAGCAUGGCCAUGAAAGCGUAUAUGCAGUGCAGGGAGUCAAGGCUCUUUCCAAUGUUCCCUCUGUAAGAAGCUGCAGCUGGUGAGUGACUGUGGCCCAGGACUUAAGAGUAGACCUCAAGCGACAGAAUGCCAAGAAACUCUGUUUGAGUCACAUUUAGAGCUGCUGCCGGCCUCAGGCAUUUGAAAUAGACGUACACUUUGAGCCUUUUACAUUUAGGCAGAAAACCUACUAUCACCAUGACUGCGAAAUGUGUCCUGUCCAAAAGUGAUUCUCUAAACUUUCACUGUACUUGGGCACAGUCUUCUUUCAUAGGUUAUCUUUGUUGUAGUCUUAUUGCUGGUUUAUUAAACUGUACAGACCACAAAAUGUAAUGCUCUUUUGUAUCAUUAUUAUAGAAAAAUCCUUGUUGGUC